AACACUUCAUCACAACUUCAAUAGCAACAACACACAACGCAUGAUUCCUCUCUCUCUCUCUCUCUCUGAAACUACACCAACAUGGAUUGACAAAAUGAAGAGUGCGCGAAUGCGCUGAACGUCUUGCACGUUUCCACUGUUUCGGUUAAUUAAUCGAUUCUCUUAAGACUCUCUGCGUUCUAAGCUAUGAAGUUUUUGCUGGAACUCGUCGGUUGUUGUGUGUCAUCGUCGUCGGAGACACGUCGGCAACCGGACGACGCGAGAUUGUUAGUGGUGGAGAAGCCUCUCCGCCGCGCGGCGCGGAAGCAUGAUAGAGCGAGGGGCGGUGGCCAUGACUGGCGGCCUUCGCUGUCAUCGAUAUCGGAAGAUGUGCUAACCGCGGGGAAAAUUAAUAAUGUCCGACAGCCGGCGGAGGGCUGGCAGCGCAGCCUAAAGAGGAAGGUCGCCUCCAUGUCCCAAAGAGAUCGGCGCCGGUCCCUCGCUCACGAUGAUUACCGGAGGGCCCACAUUUCAAGCGCAAUGCCCGCAUUUUCGCCUGCGCCAUUCAUGUUUUGAAGAUCAACACAAGGGUGUAUAAAUACAAUCUACUUUGCAUUUGUAUACAUGCAAAAUACCCAAUAAGUUCCUCUUCCUGUUGGGUUUUCACUCACAGCUUGUUUAGAUUUAAUUUCUGUAAAUAUUAGUUUCUUCGCUAUAUCAUAAAAUUAGUUUCUAGUCCA